CUCUGCUAAGGGUACCUCUGGGCCUGCAGCAAUGAAGGACCAGUAUAAAACACAGUCCAAUUCCCAGCUCUCACAUCCACUUCUCUUGCCUUGUUGUCCUUGGGAACCCGACAUGUCCUGCUACUCCCAGUGCCUGCCAUGCCGGCCCUGUGGCCCAACCCCUCUGGCCAGCAGCUGCAACGAGCCCUGUGUCAGGCAGUGCCAGAACUCCAAUGUCAUCAUUGAGCCCUCUCCCGUGGUGGUGACCCUGCCUGGACCCAUCCUCAGCUCCUUCCCGCAGAACACUGCCGUGGGAUCCUCCACCUCCGCUGCCGUUGGCAGCAUCCUCAGCUCUGAGGGUGUGCCCAUCACCUCAGGGGGCUUUGACCUUUCUGGCUUUGGAAGCCGCUACUGUGGCAGAAGGUGCUUCCCCUGCUAAAAGAUGCUGACCAUGGUUCUUCCAAAAUCUACCAGAUAAAGGAGGAAUCUUCAGGUCACUGCUUUCAGAAUACCUGGCCAUCCUCAACUAUUCUAGCAAAUGCUGGCAGGAAGAAGGAAGCCUGGCCUUUCUAAAAGCCUGACUCAUGUCUCUUCUUCCAUUCCUCCACCUACCUCUUUCCAUUUUCUUUCCCCCCCCCUCUAUGCUUCUCUGGGUGUUGGGAUUACCCUGAGCCAGCUCAUCCUCUGCUGGAAAGCCAGGUACAUGCCCUGGAUGAAGUCUACCAUGGGAUCAGGUGAAUCCUGCACUGUGGAACCUCUGUUUCGGUUGUCCUCAUUUUCCUCUUUAACCAUCCAUUAAAGAUUUAUGCAUAUCA